AUGUUUGACCUCACUCCUCUGGAGCAUCACCCCCUCCUUGCAGAGUACCCCCAGCUGCGCGAGAAACACAUCUCCGGCGAGCUCUCACCCCUUGAUGCGAGCACGCUCGGUGAUGUGAUCACUCUCACGGCGCACGUUCAGCACGACUCUCCGAUUGACUCACAGUACUAUGUUGCUGCCGAGAUCAUUCGCUUCAAGGCCCUCCAGAUGACGUACGGCGAGUCCCAACCGCCAUCGACACCUUCCGCCGCCAUCCAUCAACCUCCCGCUGCUCCUGUCCCUCCUGUACCUCCAGGCUCUCCCAAGUCCGUCUCUCACGGGCCCACCCAUCACGCCGUCCACGACUCUGGCAUCAAGGAAAGCCUGACCAGCAUCCAGAGCGCAAUCACUGGCGUCCACUCCGUACUCACGGCUACGGCUGGCGAGGUGACGAGUUUCAGGGAAGACUUCCAGAACCUCGAGAUCAAGACCCAGACCACCGUCGACGACAUCCAGGCGGUGAAGGAGGAGCUUGGCAUCGUCACCAGCAACAUUGAAGGAGUCAAGGAGGAUGUCUUCUCCCUCUCCCACAAGAUCGACACCGCCUCGCCGCCGAGCGAUCAUACCCACCUUCUCCUCACGAUGGAGAGGCAGAUCCGGGACUUGGCCUUGCACCUGACUCUGCUCGACUCGAGCUUGGAACACAACACGCAGCUGCUUCGAGACGUUCAGGCGGCCCAGGGUGCGCAGCUCAGCAUCACUGCCCUGCGCGCCGAGUUUGGCCGCCACCGCGACACGCUCAAGUCCGUCCACCCUACCACCUCCGACAUUCAACAUGAGACCCUGGCUGCCGUUUCCCGCAUCGAGUCCAACCUCAAGACCUAUGGCGACGAGGUCAAUGAGCGCAUCGACUCGUUUGACCAGUGGAACGCAGUCAUGAGCGCCAUUAGCGGCAUGCCAGCCGGUCUCGCCCGUGAAUACGCCGAGGACGUCCAGGCGGUCAUCGAGGACGAGGACGCGCUCGGUCCACGCCUCAGCCGUCCCGAGCAAGGCACUGCCAGUGAUGACGAGGACUCUGUGUCCGUCUCCGCAGAGAGCGAAAGCGGUGGCUCAGACACGCCCGACAGCACCGAAGACUCCGAGCGGGUCACGGGAGACGCUUUGUUAGCAUCCGUCACCUCUAUAGAGUCCUGUCUCGAGAAGCGGGAUCACCGCAAAGAGUCUUCCUCUCCUGUAUCGGCACAGAACGUCCACUCCCCCAGCCCCUCCAUUCAGUCUAUCGAGUCUAGCCCCCCCAAGUCCGACGAUGAGAUCGAAGACUGCGCUCCCGUGCCCCUAACACCGAUCGAGGAGGUCGCCAGUGGAUCCGAGGGUAGUGUUCCACCUGUUAGCGAGGUCAGCACCGGUAGCGUCCAAGUCAAGGUUGAACCGGACGACACGACCUCCGGCCCUGACGUGGCCAAGACGACGGAUAUCUCCCCCGCCAUUGCGUCCCCCGGCGAGGAGCCCACGCUCAAGACCGAUGCCACCUCCACAGUGCAGUCGGCCACUGACGAGGAUGACAAUGGCACCACCACCCACAGCGAGCCCAUUUCCGUCCUUGGCAUCACGCCCAAGAUCGAACCUGACCUGGAGACCAAGCCGGCUGUUUCCAAGCACCAUCCGUCGACAAUGGACAUUAAACCCAAGAUUCCCGACACCUCUCGUCCAGCGACUCCUCGCAACUUCCACAUCGACCGUCCUCGCACUCAUGACUCGCGUCCUCGCACUCCUGGUGGUUUCCAGAACGAGCGUCCUCGCACUCCCGCCCAAGCUUACUCCAAGCGGGAGCGCGAAAUUACAACACACCCCCAAGUCGAAGCGAAGCAGCCAGACGCCGUCCCGCAGGGAGAGCAGAAGAUGCUUGAGGGCUGGGUAUGGAGGUGCCCAGGGUGUGGCCUCCUCAACCAUGGUGACCACCAGAAGUGCUCACGCUGUGGGACCCAGCAAUCCGUGGUGUACUGGCUGUCGACUCCGACACCGGCUGCUUAA